UUCUUUUUGUUUGGAGGCGAAAUCUGGGGUUGGAAUUGAAGGAGUAGAGUUUGGGAUUGGAGGAAGGAGGAGGUGGGAUAAAGGGAAUGGAUUUGGCUGCGCAGCUGAAGCGCGGGAUAUCGCGCCAGUUCUCGACGGGCUCCAUGAAGCGGACCUUCAGCCGGCAAUUCACGCGGCAGUCGUCGCUGGACCCGAGGCGGAACAACAUGAGGUUCAGCUUCGGGAGGCAGUCGUCGCUCGAUCCGAUACGGCGGAGCCCCGACCAGGACGACGCGCUCGCGGUGCCGGAGAACCUGGACUCGACCAUGCAGCUCCUGUUCAUGGCGUGCCGAGGGGACGUGAGGGGGGUGGAGGACCUGCUGAACGAAGGGAUCGACGUGAACAGCAUCGAUUUGGACGGGAGGACCGGGCUGCACAUCGCGGCGUGCGAGGGGCACGUCGAAGUUGUCAAGCUUCUGCUGAGUAGGAGGGCCAACAUUGAUGCCCGUGACCGGUGGGGGAGUACGGCAGCUGCUGAUGCAAAAUACUACGGAAAUCUGGAAGUAUACAACAUUCUGAAAGCUCGUGGAGCCAAAGUCCCUAAAACAAGAAGGACACCCAUGACUGUUGCCAACCCUCGGGAAGUUCCAGAAUAUGAGCUCAAUCCUUUGGAACUUCAGGUUCGGAAGGGCGACGGUGUUUCAAAGGGAACAUAUCAAGUAGCUAAAUGGAAUGGUACAAAGGUGGCUGUUAAGAUACUGGAUAGGGACAGUUACUCAGACGCGGAGACGAUAAAUGCUUUCAAGCACGAGUUAGAGUUACUAGAAAAAGUGAGACAUCCGAAUGUGGUUCAGUUUGUUGGAGCUGUCACCCAAAACAUGCCCUUGAUGAUUGUUUUGGAGUACCAUCCAAAAGGUGAUCUUGGAAGCUAUCUUCAGAAGAAAGGGCGUCUCUCUCCAUCUAAAGCUCUACGGUUUGCUCUUGAUAUUGCAAGGGGUAUGAAUUAUCUUCACGAAUGUAAACCAGAUCCCAUCAUCCAUUGUGACUUAAAGCCUAAAAAUAUCUUGCUGGAUAGUGGGGGUCAGUUAAAGAUUUCUGGAUUUGGUUUGAUAAGUUUGGCAAGAGUAUCCCCUGAUCAAGCAAAACUUGCACACCCUGGGACUCAAGCUGAACUGUCGCGUUUAUAUGUGGCACCUGAGGUUUAUAAUGAUGAAAUAUUUGAUAGAAGUGUGGAUGCCUUUUCCUUUGGUCUCAUUCUUUAUGAGAUGAUUGAAGGGGUUCAGCCUUUCUCUCCCAGUUCUCCAGAAGAGGCAGCCAAAAUGAUAUGUUUGGAAGGAAAACGACCGCCUUUCAAGAUCAAAGCUAAAUACUACCCUCCUGAGUUGAAAGAGUUGAUAGAGGAAUGCUGGGAUCCAAAAUCUGUCAUGAGGCCAACUUUUUCUGAAAUUAUUGUACGUUUGGACAAGAUAGUUGCAAAUUGUUCCAAGCAGGGCUGGUGGAAGGAUACGUUCAAGCUUCCUUGGAAAUGAGAGGAAGCACUCUAUGCUACUGGAUAAGGAAGCAAACAAUGCUCGAGUCAUUUUCGCGUUCAGUUGUGGGGCUACCCCGUUGGAAAUAUGUAAUAAUGUCUAUGUAAGAGACCUCUGGGCGAAAAUGUAAUAAGCUUUAGUUUUUGUUCUUCUAUUUUCAGCUCCAUUAUUAUGUGUAUGUAUAAUAUGUGAAAGAUUUUUAUGAUAGUUCAGUAGUUUCCAUACUAGUAUAUCACACGAGGCGAAAGUUACCGAGACAUCCAACAAUUAUGGGAUCGAACACGAUUAGAUAAAAUGUAGAUCCUUGAUUAAGUCCAGGCGCAAUGACAUUGCAACUGCUUGAAUUUUGGUCCCUUGUAUAAUCGCAUACUCUAACAUUUUUUUUAUUUGAAAUAA